UUUUGUCUAUCAGACUGCGCAUCUCACCGCCUACAACCCAAACUAGGAUCCCGCAUCCGCAUUCGCAUUCGAUCUGUUGCUAGCUGCUCGGAUUUCCUGUAUCUGGGGUUGCUGCAUUGAGCUUGAAAAGCCCCUCUCAUUACUCGUUGACUGAGAACCCACAGCUUUCAUAGUUGUCCUGAAGAAAACCUCUAACAAACCCAAUACUGGUUGGAGUCCGCCAUGAAAGCCACACGGUUCCUCGCCCAGACAACUGGUACCGUCAACUGCUCUCGAAUAUGUCCUCGCGCCUCCUCUCUGCGCCGCCGCGUCGUCCUCUCGACUCCUUCAACUCCAUCAACUCCUCUUACCCCUCUCCCCAUACCUCUACCUCUUAGCCGUGCAUACCACUGUGCAAGACUGUCACAAAAGAGCACAGCAUCAUCAUCAACAACGAUAAGAUCUUUAACGACAAGCACGACACGGUACAAGGGCAUACAGCCAACAAGUUCAGACCCAGCACCGCCGAAACCUGAAGGGCAUUCCAAAAGUGGGAGUGUAGUACAGUUAUCAGAUGGCGAGUACCACGAGUUGGCGGAUCAGUACUUAGACAGGCUGGUAUAUGCGGCAGAGGAGUUGAGUGAGAAUCAGGAGGAAGGAUGGGAUACAGAAUUCUCGGCAGGUGUGCUCACAAUAUCACACAUGGACCGAGGAAGCUGGGUUAUCAAUAAACAGCCGCCUAACAAGCAGAUCUGGCUGUCGAGCCCGGAGUCGGGUCCCAAACGAUACGACUGGGUCAUGGUCGGUGCUGGCCAGCAUGAGAAGGAAGGCUCCGCUGUCGACCCCGGCGAUGACGGUGCAGGUGGCAAGUGGAUUUAUCUCAGAGAUGGCAGUGGCUUGAGUGAUUUGUUGCACUCUGAAGUCGGCGUUGUCAUUCCCCAAGAGGGCGAUUAGAAAUGUAUGAAAUCGCUUGUCGCUGUGUGGUAUGCUGUGUUGUAUUGUGGAAUGGUGGAUAGGAACGACUUUCCAAAGGGAAAAUGUCAUAGGACAUUCACGUCCGGAUCAUCACAUUGUUCCAGCAUCACUGUGUUAUUGCUCAUGUACCAGAUUAAGUUGGCCGACCUGAAAAAGGCCGAACACUAUAAUACCUGUAUCAUACAAUUUAUCCCUUUUUCUCAAA